UUUGCGGAGAGCAUCUAUAUUUAUUGAGUGAUUUUUUUAAAAAAGUUUAAAAUGUGCGCUCUUGCAAUUAAGAAACAUGUGUUUGUUGCAGUAUUAUGUGGAUUAAUGGUGCAGUACGUUUUGAGUCAAAUAGCGGGAUACAUACCUGGACAAGAUUAUCCAAUUUACCACGAAGUGCCCCAAGGACUAUCUUUCAGAUGUGAUCAGAGAUUACCUGGAUAUUACAGCGACCCCGAAGCACAAUGUCAAGUAUGGCAUUGGUGUUUACCUAAUGGUCAGAAAUAUAGCUUUCUUUGUCCCAAUGGAACAGUUUUCAACCAGUUUGCUAGAGUUUGCGACUGGUGGUUCAAUGUAGAUUGUGCAGCAACUCCCAACUAUUAUGGAAUAAACGAGGAUCUCUACAGGAUACCCCCCUACACAAAUAAACAGAAUCAAGAAUAGUAGUGGAUACCUCCAUCAAAUCUUUGAAUUAUGUACAGAAGUGUAAUUAACUUAUUUAUAUUUUUUUAAAUACACAUUUUUCAAUGGAAAAUAUUUUUUAUGAAAUAAAUACAUUUUACGAUCAA